AUGGCUGAUUCUCAGGUUACUCUGCGCACGCGCAAGUUCAUCCGCAACCCCCUCCUCGGUCGUCGUCAGAUGGUUGUCGACGUCCUCCACCCCAACCGUGCCAACGUCUCCAAGGACGAGCUCCGCGGCAAGCUCGGCGAGCUCUACAAGGCGAAGAAGGAUGAGGUCUCCGUGUUCGGACUCAAGACACACUUCGGUGGUGGCAAGACCACUGGUUUCGCCCUCAUCUACGACAGCGCCGAGGCCAUGAAGAAAUUCGAACCCCGCUACAGGCUUGUGCGAUAUGGCCAGGCCACCAAGGUCGAGAAGGCGAGCAGGCAGCAACGCAAGCAACGCAAGAACAGGUCGAAGGAGUUCCGGGGUACGGCCAAGGUCAAGGGCCCGAAGAAGAGCAAGAAGGAGUAGACUUUACGAUGACGAUAUGGUGGUCGGGAUGGAGUCGGUUCUCUGGUUCGGGUGCUUCACGUUCACCCUGGACUUUGGAGUUGCAGUGGGGCAUAUAAACCAUCGUGUACAUUUACGAGGAAUGCCUUUCAAAAACUACUCUUGCAAUGGUCGGGGGCAAAAUGGAUGGGCGUUACAGAUCUCUCAUGUGUCGGUCAGCUAACCAUCAAAUGCAUAUCACGGACCUUUUUUCCUGCUCUGUCUCCCUCUCUUUCUCUCAUCUUUUUUUUUUCCCUACUGCUUUACUGUUCUCUUCGGAUCGUUUUCGCCACUCAGAGCACCCGGCACGGUGCACCGCUCACAAAACACAAAUAUGGCAAACCGCAGUGACGACAAUACCGAACUCCCCAAGCGAUCCGAGACUGUUCACACUUGAACACGUUCCCUCCGUCACCAAUACCGACUACCACUCGAACCUGCCCAUCAACACUACCUCA